UCCAAAUCGUCGGCACGCAGGCUGCAUGCUUUUGAGGGGGACCCCUUCAAACACGGGCCCUGCAAAAGCAAACAUGGUUCAAAACAUUGAAAUGCAGGGGGAGGCAGCGAUGCUCAGAGCCUACAAGGCUACAUCUCAGGUCUGUAUUCAGCAUCAUCGAUCAGUGGCUGAGAAGGAGAGAUGCAGUCGCCAUAAAAGCGCCAUGGCGGGCGAUUUUCGUCACUUCAGCACCUCUCUGCUCAACCGCUAUGCAUCCGCAGCACUGGACGUUCUGGCCCGGAGAGCAUUCACGAAGCAUGCAUGUGCGCUCAUCGACAGGAUCGUCUCCGAAACCUGGACUGGAGCGCACGGGGACGCGGGACGCGUCAGAGACCCUUAUGUGUACACUGGCAGCGGGGGAACAGCCUUUCUGCUGCUCAAAUCGACGCUUGCGGCCACACACCCGAACGAUUUAGAGACGUGUAUGGAGAUUGUUGAGGAGUGCGCCAAAGUGGCGGGGAUGAUCAGAGAGCACCCGUCGUUCCUGCUGGGGCAGCCGGGGGUAUAUGCGCUCGGCGCGGUGGCGGCGUUCCAUGCGGGCAAGCGAGACGCUCAGAACGUCUACCUCAGGAUGCUUCUGCAGGCUGGACACAUGCCCAACCUCGCAACGCCGUCCCUGCUGUGCAACUCCGACCCCCCAGACGAGCUGCUGUAUGGCAGAGCGGGCUUCCUAUGGUCCGCCCUGUUCCUUAACACUCACCUAGGGCAAGGAACCAUUCCAGAGAGUGUGACUCAACCAAUAGUGUCAAGCAUUCUGGCGGACGGGAGGGCAUGCGCGAGGGGCUCCGAGUGGCCUCUGAUGUACAAGUGGCAUGGGAAGCGCUACCUGGGCGCGGCACACGGCGUGGCUGGGAUCAUGCAUGUUCUACUGCACUUCCCCCUGUCUGAUACGGAUCUCUCCGACGUCCGCAAGACGCUCCACCAGCUGCUCCGGACGCGCUUGCCAAGCGGGAACUACCCGACCGUCGUCGGCGAAACGUCGGACGUCCGCGUCCAAUGGUGCCACGGGGCGGCGGGGGUGGCGCUCACCCUCUGCACCGCCGCGCGGCGGUUCCGAAACGACGAAGACGGCAAAGUGUUCUUGCAGGCCGCUCUCGAGGCCGGAGAGGUCGUCUGGCAGCGCGGCCUCCUCCGCAAGGUCGGCCUCUGCCACGGCGUCGCCGGAAACGCGUACGUCUUUCUCGCGCUCUAUAAGCUGACGGGCGAGUCGAAGCACCUUCAGCGCGCGUGCGCUUUCGGACGCUUCUUGUACGAGGACGCGGACGCCCUGAUUGCGGCGGGCGACAUGCACGGGGGCGACCGUCCGUGGUCGCUGUUUGAGGGUUUGGCGGGGACCGCGUGUCUGUAUCUGGACUUGGCGGAUCCGGAAAAUGCGAAGUUUCCGGGUUACGAGGUGUGAGAAGAGAGUUCGAACGCGUACUUUUGUUGCAGCGGUGGCAUAGGUACAGAUGAGCACGUUCUCGUGAAGAUAGGCUGUAAACCAUUUCAUAGCGCAUAUAGUAGAUAUGAUAUGAGAGGCUGAAAGUGGCAAACGCUUAGAGUAACGCGGUCCAGUACCGUGAGUAGCUAUAGUAACUGCGGUGAUCGGAUUAAGCAAGGAGACACUUGGCUGCGAAUGCAAAGUGGACAACCGAAGUCAUUGCUUCCUCGAUCGUGCGCAUUUUGCAGAGAAUAAGUAUGUAUCACGAAGGACACAUGUGCGGUUCCAAGAAGAUCUGGAAGCUUUGUGGCUUGGAGGGUCAUGGAAGGAAGCUCUUGAGUAGACGGUGCAGUGAACUUGCAGCGGUUGAUCCCCAACCCGAGCAUCUCGCUGAGACAUUGCCAGGCCGGUCGAAACGUUGUAAGUUGAAACCUGUUUGUCCAUUGAAGCUGCAUCGAAUAAAUCUUUCGGUGUCGUCGGAUCGAAGCAGCAC